AUGAGGGGAGUGUUCAAACUCGGCGAAAUCUCGUCUUUAGUAGCAUCUUCUUCGAGGAGCAUUGAUUGAUCGUUCAAUCAUCUGUUUUCCUUCCUCUGUUGGCAGUUUCCUACCCACGACGGAGUUACCCGCUCUGCUUUAUAUCGCGCCCAUGGUGAGAAAACUUGCAUCCAUCACAGAAACCACAGUGAUUUUUGUAAUCCUUGCAUGCAUCGGGAGUGAUUUCGGUGACUGUGAUGGUGCACACGUUGGCCGAUGGCUUUGGCUAGGCUUCUCGUUUUCUCUACCGAGUAGUAUUCCCUACUCCGUUGUGUCGCUGGAAUUGGUAAAUGGCUUUCGACGAUUUGCUUCAGGUAUUGUGACAAAGAGAUUCUUUAAUAAUGGUUUCUUAGCUGAUGACUGGAGCUUGCAACGAUGCGCUUGCUGUGAAUUUAGGCGUCAACUUGGAACUUUGCGCAGGGUCACCAUCUUCUCAGAACUAUCUAGGGUCGGUAGUGACGCGCCGUCUUUUUCUGAAACUCUUUUUAACGCGGAAAGACACUCUCCUGAAUGGUGUAACCGGUACAUUUUUUACUCAGGUUCGUAGUAGGAUGAGAAGAUACUUCCACCUUUGGUCGUGAUAACGUGUGAAGAUGGAAGACUUUAGGCCCAAAGACACGCUAAGACCUGCUAGAUUAUAGCACAAUGUCCACUGGAAAAAUCCCGGCCACUGGACACGCAUCAAAAUUCCAAUCACAGAGAAAUAUUUCG